AUGGCAUUGGAAGCAGGUUCUGAUUCAGAUGCGGAGAAGAAUAAUUCCUCCAAAUCAAAGGCAGAAGCAACCACAUCGUCUUCACCUUGUCAUCAUAAUCCAUCCGAAUUAGCCUUUGAGGACGGAACAUUUGAGAAGCCAAUCGAGUCAUCUGAAAAAAUUUAUGUUUGUGAGAAAGCUGACUCCAUGGUCACCACAUGGAUCAUCAACUCCAUAGAUGCAUCGCGUUCUGCAACAACGAGAGUCAAUGAUUGGCUAGACAUGGAAGAAAGAUUCGCUCAAACCAACGCACAGCGCAUCCACCAAUUAUGGAGAACUCUGAGUUCACUCCAGCAAGAGUCCAAAAUGACCGUAACUGAAUAUUACAACAGGUUUAAACGUCUCGCCGAUGAGCUAAGUGAACAGCAAUCACUUCUUGAACAGAAAUGUGAAGCUGCUAAAGAGAUUAUGCAGAGAGAAGAAGACAGUCACGUCAUUCUCUUUCUUAGUGGCCUUGAUGGAUAUCUUUAUGCUGACAUCAAAAGAACCAUUGUAAAUAUUGAUCCACUUCCUUCCCUUAAAGAAGCUUUCAAUUACGUAUUAAGGGAAGAAGCAAGGCUCAAUGCAGAUAUUAUAAGGGAAGUGAAGCAACAAAAAAGUUCUGGUUUUCAUUCAUUCAAACAGAAAAGUAGUGAUGAUAUAAGGACUGAAUGUGACGAUUGUGAAACGAUUGGAUUACAAGAUGGAUCCGAAUUUUUCGAUUAG